GAAAAUUUGAAUAAUCGAUGUCCAGCAUGUAGAAGGAUUUACUCAGAGCAAACUAUUGAAUUUACACCAAUAUCUGCAGAAGAGCUUGCUCGAAUAAAAAAUGAAAAAAAACAAAAGGAACGCGAAAGGAAGGAGCUAGAGGCGAACAAAAGAAUGCACCUGGCAAAUAUGAGAGUGGUGCAAAAGAAUCUGGUCUAUGUAAUAGGUCUGAGUCCUAAAACAGCGACUGAAGAAGUACUAAGAUCUCAUGAUUAUUUUGGACAAUAUGGCAAAAUUGCUAAAAUUGUCGUCAAUCGUCGAAAUCCUCCCGCAUCUACGGUUCCAGGUGCGCCGCCACCUCAACCUAGUGUUGGUGUUUAUAUUACGUAUGUGCGGAAAGAAGAUGCGGCAAAAGCUAUAGACGCUGUGGAUGGUAGUAUGUCGGAUGGGAAAGUAUUAAGGGCAUCGUAUGGCACCACAAAAUAUUGUACAUAUUACCUACGAAAUAUGGUAUGUCAGAAUCCAAACUGUAUGUAUCUGCAUGAACCAGGAGAGGAAGCCGAUAGUUAUACUAAAGAAGAUCUUGCCUCUGUUAAACAUCAUCUCAAAGAACAAGAAUCUCAUAAAGUGCACGAACCCCAUAAAGCAUACGAAUCUCACAAAGUGAUACAUGAUAUUCACAAAGUUAAUGACUCUCAUAAAACCCACCAAACUCAUCCACCACAAUCUCGCCAAUCACAACCAUCACAUCCUGUACAAAAAUCAAUUGCCACGACAUCACCUCUCGCGUUGCCACAUAGAAAAUCAGAACCAGCGACACAACCUCGGAUCGUUGGCCCAGAGAGUGAUAAAGGAAGUAAUGAUGAAAGAGAUGAAGCAUCGGCAUUACCACCGACAGCCUCAUGGGCGGCGGCUAAGACCCAAAAGCAAGAACAAAAAUUAAAACGGACUGGAUCAUUGGAUGCUCAAUCUUUGGGAACUAAACAAGCAAAGAAAACAAAUGAUCCAACAGUUGCACAAGUUGCUGCUGCUGCUAUAGCUGCUAUACCGUCAGAAUCAACACAGCGAAAAGAAACCAUAGAUCAUGCAAAAGAAAAAAAUGUAAUUUCGGUACCCUUACGCGAGGGAGAACAUGCAGAGAAAUCAUCGCAGCAAAGCUCUAAUAGUCAAACUAAAGAUAAGCUUCCAAACACGACGAACAGACACAAGCCAGAAAUAGAAGAUUUUGAACAAACAUUAUCCGUUUUAAGUGAUGGCUCUUUUGCUUUUUCCUUCAACCCACCUUCUCUUGAUGGAUCGUUGUCAAUAACAGAGAAACAUCCGGAGAAAGUCUCUGGUCCUUCAGAACUUGGAGUACUUGGAAGCUCACGAAUAGUUUCUCCUCCACCUGGGGUUGGUUUUCCAAACAGAAAUGAUGCUGUAAAUAACACAAUCGUUACGAGUAUCACGGAUCCUGAAUUUCCUCAGACUGCUUUAUCUUCAUAUACUGGUUCAUUUAAUCCAUUUUCAAGCGAGGAGGGAAAAUUUGAUCCGUUUGGUGCAGAACCUCCAUUAGGAAUAAUGGGUUUACCGCCUGUUGGAAAUAAUAAUAUGACAGAAGCUUUCCAGACCUCUUCAAAGAUACAAACAUUGACUAGUAAUAACGUUGUUUCUAACAAAGCAAGGCAGUCCUCUCGUUUUGGUUUUGUCUUAGAAGAAGGCGACAAUUCGUCUGCUAAUAACGGAGAUCCAUUAGCCAUGAAAGAUCUGCAGGAAGGUUUUCGUGCGCUGUUUCCUAAUGUUAAUAUAAGCUUCGGUCCUAGUGACGUACAUCAAGAAUCAAUGUGGAACAACUCAAAUGAUCCAAACUUCUCGUCGAUUCGUCGACCUGUGAUGACAGCACCACCUGGCGUUCCACCACCGGGUGUCCCAAUGGGAAAUCCAUUAAAUCAAUCACACUCACUUAAUACUUCUACUCCCACAGCUCCUAUGGACCAUCAUUUCCAUCAAAACUUUAUGAUGCAGCAUCAUCAACCUCCACAAAUAGGACUAGGACCUAAUCCACCACCAACAAUCAAAGCCCCACCUCCAGGUAUUUAUCAACCAUCUCCUCGCAUGCCAUUUGGUAUUUCUACAAAUUGGAAUCCUUCUAUUACUCCAUGGAAUAUGGAAGAUGACUUUAAUAUGUCAAGACAACUCCCUCAUCAAGAGCAGCAGCAACAGCAACAAUUUAUGCAAGGAUUACCCCGGGGUCCUUCUAAAGAUGACCCACAUAAUUUUUUCACAGAAUUUUUAAAAGCAGCCGCUGCAAGCUCAAAUACACAAGAGGAUAUUCAAGCACCAGUAAAUUCGGAGGCGAGCAUUCCUUUUUCAGAUCCAGCAAUCAUGUCAGUUAAACUAGCGUCAUCCGCAGACCCAGCAUAUCGGGCGCCAGGAGCACCAAGCGCUCAAAUAAUUGUAUUUGAGCGAGUAGCGAGAACGGGUGACGAACAAAUUAAUGGUGGGUUCGGUAUGGGAAUUGGAUUGGGUAAUGUGGAGCAAGGCAUAAAUAACGAAUCAUCAUCAUCUUCAGCAGAAGUUAAUGAACAACAAGAACCCAAAAAACAACUUUGUGGUGCAAAAGAUCAUGGUCCCAAUUUGGAUUCCCAGUUUCCUCCCACUACCAAAGAUAAUGCAGAAAAUCCAACAACAAAACAACAAAAUCAUCAAUCCAAUUCAAAUAACCGUUCCGCAAAACCUGCUGCUGCAGUCGUAAACUCUUCUGGUCAAAUAACUCAAAUACAACAAUCACGACAAGAUAGCAAUAUUGCCAAUCAAGACUCGACCCAAAUCGCUAAUGCAUCAUCGUCAUCUUCACCAUCUAUUGUACAUCCUGCUCCUGGUGGCCAUAAAAAGAAAGAUAAACAUCCAAAAAACGUGAAUCUGAAUGCUGGUAAUAAUAAACAGACAGCCGGAACUAAAGAUUCGAAAAAACACAAUAAUGGCGAGGGUCAAGCUUUCAAUAUACAAACUACGACAAAAUCAAGAGAUAUCUCCAACCAAAAUAAUAAGGUUGCUGUUCCAAAUAACGCCCCUGAAAAUCACACAAAGUCGUCAUCUUCCAAUAAUAAUAGCAACCCGGUAAUUCAUUCACCCAUUCUUUCAAAGAAGCCAAAAAAAAAGGAUAAAAACAUCAUUGUUCCAGUGCAACAAACAUCUAUCCCUCUAAAUGGUGGCAAUGAAGACAAAAAACAUGCUAUCGAGAAAAAAGAAUCUGUAGUUAACGAAUUGAUCGCUAAAAAGGUGAAGGCAACUAAUGACCAACGAGAUGAUAUCACCAUCAAUAAUAAGGAUAGCAAUGGAACUGCAAUUACUUCUAUCGAUGCGAAGACCAACUUUUUGGCAGAUUUUAAGUUUGACUUCGCUUCUUCGGCCUUUUUCACAAUGCCUCCCGGGAUCUCAACGGCUUCCUCAUCAAAGAAAGAUCAAAAUCUCGAUAGUCAAUCGUUUUUAUCAGAUGAGAAUAUGCUUCCAACUUCUGCAACUUUUGAUCUUUUGUCGGCCGAGUUUUUAUCUAAAGAUUCUCCGACCAUCUUUAGUUUUCCAACUUCAACUUUAUACAAUUCACCCAGUACUGCUGCUGCUACCCAUUUUAAUAUCGAAGAUUUAGAAAGACAAGUGGCGAAUGCUAGACGUGAAGCAGAAAUUCUUGAACACCGACUGCGAGCAGUGAUUAAAAAGAAUACUCAUCAUCUUCAAGAUGCGUGGAAAUGA